CGGUCUGGGGCUGGAGGGAGUGCGACACACGAGGCAGGCUCGAUCCCGCCGUUGUUCCCGCUCCCGCUCCCGCUCCCGGGGUGCGUGCCGAGCCGCGACACUCCUCGUGGAGGUGCGCGACCAGCGCCACAGUGCAGCACGUGCGGCGGCCGGAGCACAGCGUGGAGCUCAGCGUGGAGCACAGCACAGCGGAGCGGGCCGCCAGAGGAGCCAUGGAUACCCAAAGCGGCGGUCCUCACGCGCCUGCGGAGUCAGGGGCAGCUGUCGCAGGUGUCCGCGCGGCGGCCGUCGUCGUCAAGGAUGCCCGCAAGUCUUACACCCGCGGCGGCACCCCCGUCCUCAACGGGCUCAACAUGACCGUGGCCGAGGGCAGCAUCUACGGUCUUCUGGGCGCCAGCGGCUGCGGAAAGACGACCUUGUUGACGUGCAUCGUUGGCCGACGUCCGCUGGACAACGGUGCCAUCCGGGUGCUCGGGUUCGGGCCCGGGGCACCGGGCUCCGGGCUGCCCGGGCCCACGGUGGGCUACAUGCCGCAGGAGCUGGCCCUGCACGGCAUGUUCACGGUGGCUGAGACUUUCCGCUACUUCGGCUGGAUCUCGGGCAUGACCACGGCCGAGAUUCGUCUGCGCAGCGAGCGCCUGCUCAAACUACUGGACAUCCCCUUCCCCGACAAGCUCGUCGGUGAGUUGAGCGGCGGGCAGCAGCGCCGCGUGUCGCUGGGGGUGGCCCUGCUCAACAAGCCGCCCGUCCUCAUCCUGGACGAGCCCACCGUCGGCGUGGACCCCACCCUGCGGCAGAGCAUCUGGGACCUGCUGCUGAACGAGACGCGGAACGCGCGCACCACCGUCAUCAUCACGACGCACUACAUCGAGGAGGCGCGGCAGUCGGACGCCGUGGGGCUGAUGCGCAACGGCACGCUGCUGGACGAGGACGCGCCCGAAGCGCUGCUGCGGCGCUACGGCUGCGCCUCCAUGGAGGACGUGUUCCUCAAGCUCAGCGUGCGGCAGCAGCGGGAGCGACAUGGCACGAGCGACAGCCACGCCAUCGCCCUGGUGGAGACGACACCGCAGCACGCCACCCCGCGGCCACAAGACGAGCAGGCCGACGUGCAGUCGAGGCCCGUGGUGGUGGACGACCCGUCGCUGCUGCAGACCAGGCCCGUCGUCCUGGCGGGCCACUCCAACGUGGCGCCGUGCACCUGGAAAAUGGCCGUCUUCACCUGGAGGAAUAAGUCUGUGAUCGGCAUUCUCUUCGCUCUCCCCAUCAUCAUCUGCGUGCUGUUCGGCUUCGCUGUGGGCGGCGACCCCAAGUCCCUGCACCUCGCCGUCGUCAACGACGACUUCACGUGCUGCGAGAGGAACCUGCCCGCCUUCCCGUCAGACUGCGAGGCCGAGGACCCGCGCGGCUUGAGCUGCCGAUACCUCCAGCGCAUCAACAAGGACAUGUUUGACGUGGACGACUACGACGACGUGGACGCGGCGCAGCGCGCGGUGCGGGAAGGUCGCGCCUGGGGUGUCAUCCACUUCCCGUCCAACUACUCCCACUCGCUGGUGGCGCGCAGCCGCGAGGGCAGGGACGUCACGGCCACCACCCUGGACAGCAGCGACAUCAGCGUCUGGCUUGACAUGUCGAACCGGCAGGUGAGCGAGUUGGCGCGGUCGGCGCUGGCCACCGCGGCGCUGCAGUACUUCGAGGACGUGCAGCGCGGCUGCAAGGGCAACCCCAACGCCAAGGCCCUGCCCAUGCAGUUCAACGAGCCCAUCUACGGCAAGCGGGACCUGUACUUCCCGGACUUCUUUGCGCCCGCCGUCAUCCUCUCAGUGGUGUACAACAUAAACUGCAUCUACACCAUGUCUGGGUUCAUCGACGACAGAAAGGACGGCUUCAUGGAGCGUAGCAUAUCAUCGGGUGUCCGAGUGACGGAGAUUCUUGGAGCACACGUGCUGGUGGACGCCGUCAUGAUGUUGAUUGUGACAGGAAUCACACUCGUCUUUAUGUGCGGGUUUUUGGGCUUUGAGAACAACGGCUCGUUGUGGAUUCUAAUAUUUCUGUGCCUCAUCCACGGCUUCUGCGGCAUGUUUCAAGGUUACUUCAUAUCGUCUUUGUUCACCUCUGAUUUCGAAGCAACGUUUUGCUGCAUGGGUUUCUACUUCCCCACCCUGCUUCUGAGCGGUCUGAUGUGGCCGCUGGAGGGCAUGCACCCGCUGCUGCGCAACAGCGUGUGGCUGCUGCCGCUGAACCUCGCCACCACCGCCAUCCGGUCCAUCAUGAACCGGGGCUGGGGGCUCGGCAGCCCCGACGUCCGCAACGGCUUCCUCUCCGCCACGUUCUGGCUCGCCUUCUUCGUCCUCGUCACGCUGACCACGCUGCGCCUCAAAAAGAGCUUCGCGACUUGAAAACAUUCAUCUGCCCAUCGCACACUAGCUAGUGUACACUACUGCAUGAACACCCCGCCUCGGUCCUUUUCGCCUGUGAUAGUAAAUAUUUAUGAUUUAAGUAAA